AUGUCCCUGGUCGGGAACAUCAUCGCCAUGGCCUUCGCCGGCAAUCCCUCGAUUAUCAACUACGAUAUGUUCGUGGCCGCCUUCGGCAUGCUCUCGCUGUUCUACCUGAUCGCCAUCGCCUUCAAUGACGGCUUCACCGGCCACCCGAUCAUCCCCGUGGUCCUGGACGCCCUCAACGUCAUUUUCUUCUUCUGCGCCGCCGUCGCUAUGGCCGCCGAGCUGGGUGCUCAUUCUUGUGACAACCAGGCCUACCUCGCUCGCAACAAGAUCACCAACGGUUCCGACCACGACAGGUCAGGACGAUGCCGGGAAGCUCAGGCCUCGACCGCCUUUUUGUGGUUCGCGUGGGCUUGCUGGACCGCCAGCUUGGUCUUCUCGGUGCUGGAUGCCCGCAGCGGUGGGGUGAACCUGAGGACCUCGGGCCGAAGAGGUGCGCCCGCCAUGUCUCAGGUGUAA